GGUUGACGCGACAGAUGUUCCCUUGUCGGGUCCAACCGACCGACGACCCCCAGGACGACCAUGUCACGCCGCCCCUGGUUGAUGAGAUUGAAGGCAUUGACAUCAACGGUGUUGCAAAGAUGUCGCAUGAGCCUCUAAUAAUCCACCUUAAGAAUAUUCGUAAUUUCGAAUUCGUGAAAACGGCCAGCAAGCCGUAUGAUACGGCGGUGGGCUGCAUCCUGCUGCGGGCACACGUCUUGGCCCCGAAACAGUUUCGUCUUAGAUCUGAUGGGUCCUGGGAUGAGAUGGAAUGGAAGUUGGCCCGUAAUCUGUACGAGUCUCUCUGGCCAGAGCAGCCCCUGACGCCGCAGUUCUAGAGAGACAGACUU